AUGCCUUCUGCAGGAAAGAAGUCCAAGGUGCGGAAGGUGCCCAUCGGGCCACCUCCUGUGAAGAGUCGAAGACGUGCGCGGGAGCUGACGACGGAAUUUCAUCGUGUGACGCAUGAGUUGCAACGUUUGACAGCGAUCAAGGGCAAAAAGGAUGCAGACACCGUGCAACGUAUUCAAGAACUAGAACUCCGGUUGAAGGAUAUGGGUGGGCGCGAAGCAUACCAAGAUGCGAGCAUCUUAUCCACGAACCUCUUCAAGACUAGUCGCUGGGUCUUUCAACUCUUGACCAAGUUUGAGUUGCGUCCUGCUAAGAAGAUGCCGCAGUUGCAAGUGCUCGAAGUUGGCGCGAUCAACACCCAGUUGGUUGUGUGUCCUUGGCUAAACGUCCUCGCGAUUGAUCUCAUUUCGAGACACCCGAAGAUUCAACAAAUGGACUUCUUCGACUUGGACUUAGCCAGGCGCUUCGACGUGGUCGUGUCGAGUAUGGUCAUCAAUUGCGUGCCCACGCCAGAAAAACGAGGUGAAAUGCUGCAACGCACGUGGACGCAUCUGAACGACGGCGGUCACUUUUUCCUUAUGCUGCCGCUCUUGUGCCUGACCAACUCAACCUUUAUGACGGUGGAUCAUUUCGAAAAGCUCGUGCAACAGCUCGGGUUCGUUCUUCGAGAAAAGAAAGAAACCCCAAAGAUUGCGUUCUACUGCUUUCAAAAACUCCUCGACAAACCCGUCAUCGUUGCAGGGUCGUGGCCCGAAAAGGUGCUGCGACCAGGGCCUAAGCGGAACAACUUUAGCGUCGUGCUGUAAUGUGAUCCGUCGAAUGAGCUGUUUGUUUCGAA